AUGCAAUUGGAGCGAGAUCUAGAAGCCUACUGGGAGCUGACAGAUCAUGGAGAAGUAUUAUGGUUUCUUAAUAUCCGAAUCAUUCGCGAUAGGAAGCAGAAGAAGCUCUGGCUAUAUCGACUACCUGUCUAUACGCCACUACCAGUUGACGAAUUGACGCCUUACCAAGGCGUAGCUACCCCGAAGGAGAUCCUUCUCUAUCAAAAGAAGGUUGGAUCCGCAGGCUAUGCCACCACUAUCACUAGGCCAGAUGCUGCAAAGGCUACCGCUCGACUAGCUCAUUACCUAUAUACUACCCGGAACCUAGCUAUUGAAUAUAGUGCAGACGCAGUAAGCACUGGAAUCGAUUCCAUACAGUUCGCAAGCGAUGCUUCAUACGGAGAUCACCCAGAUCGAAAGAGCUCUGUAGGCUACAUCUGUCAAGCUUAUGGUGGACCAGUUGACUGGAAAGCGAGCAAGCAACCCACCGUGACAACGUCAACCACUGAAGCAGAGCUGCUAGGCCUAUCAGAGACAGGGAAGCAACUUCAAUGGUGGCGUCGACUACUAAAAAGCCUCGGUUUUGAACCCUCCUACAAUAUGACGAUCGACUGCGACAACGAGAGAACGAUCAGCCUACUUACUAGUGAGGACACUGCCUUCGAAACGAAGCUUCGGAAUGUCGAUAUUCAUCAUCAUUGGCUUCGGCAAGAGGUUAGAGAAGGACGCAUAAUGGUGCGAUGGGUGCCGACGGCGAGCAUGGUCGCAGAUGGACUCACAAAGAUGCUAUCUCGCCAGAAGCAUGAGAGCUUCCUAAGGAUGCUCAGGAUGGUGGACAUAGGCUAUCUAAUGGCCUAG